AUGGAGAGACCUGUCAAGUCCUUCAAUUUUUACUAUUUGAUUUUACUAUGUUUAGAUAUCGAUGAGUGUGACGAUGGUAGCCAUGACUGUAGUGAUGCGGCCAACUGUAAAAACACCGCUGGAGCAUUCGACUGCAGCUGUCAGUCUGGACACCUUGGAGAUGGACGGCACUUUUGCUCAGAUAACUGGAAAAAGAUCAACACCGAUCCUGUUUGCUUUGGGACAAAAAAUGGCGACUUCGGAUCCUUUCAAAUCCAAGAAGCCGGUAAAAUCUACACUUUCAAACUUGUCCAUACAAAAGGUACCGUAACAUGUGAUACUGACUACGGACCAACAAAGUGGGGAUGUUUACACCCAUAUUUGAGAAAUCAUAGACUACUGACGGUGAUAACUUACCCCAACAAGACUGUUCUUCCACUUGCUGAGUUUGCGAAAGGUAGUGUUGACUAUAGCUACCAACUUGACGGUGCUCAUGUCAACUCCCCGACGCUUGUGUUUAAUUUGCUCCCCACCCCUUUGGUUGUGUCGAUUGGACAGCAAUUGCUAAUAUGGUAUGGGCAAGACCUGACUAAUUUUACCGAGAACAAUAAUGCUGGUGAGACAUGCACAGAUGUUUACGCUUUGUACCCUUCACCUGAACUUCAACAUUGAACUUAAUUUGAAUCUAUGUA